AUGGGAGCCGUCAGUUCAAACUAAAUAAGACCACCUGAUCUAAAUGAUAGACCUUCAUCGCUUAACAGUCAGAGUUCGAAAAGUAAAAUUAGAGAGACGAAUGUUGAUAUUCGUGAAAACAAGUCAAAAACUGAGAUAACAUUAAGAACUUACACUUGGCAUAGAGAUUCGCAUGGACUAUUUGACUAUGAAAGCAAGAAUAUUACAAACAACUUUCUCCGAUGCAAUUAUUCUUGCAACUACUGGAUAUAUCACAAAAAUGUUGUAGAAGAUUAAGACGAGGAAAAAUUGAAUCCGGCAGACAAAGCUUGGCUUAUUGUUAAAUAUAUGAAUAAUAGCCUCAGCAGUCAGAGAGGAUACAAGAUAAAAAUAGGCGACACAUUAAAAUUUGGAAGGGUUAGAUUUAAGGUUAUCAUGAUGCACAAUGAGUUAGAUGGAGAGUAAAUAUACCAAGUCAAGCCCUCAAGCACCAAUCAUAAUUAGCCCAAAAAUAAAAUGCCUUCGAGAGGUUCUAUAGAAAAUACUGAAUCAGAUAAUGACAUGCCAGACAUUGAUGAUGAACCUGAAGCACUUAACGGGAAUAAUAGACAAAAUGGGGGAAGUAGAAAUAUCUCGAAUCAUUUGAACGCCUAAUCUCACCAGAAUAAUGAUAGAGAUAGUAUUUCAUUGCCAAAGAUGGAUUCAUUUAACAAGAAAUUUAGAAUGAAAUCGAGCUCAUCAAAAAUAAAUAAAGAAAAAUUACAAAGAAAGGAAAGUGUCGGAUCCCAAGGUCCUCCAAUUUGUAGAAUAUGCCUUGGUGAUGAAAACGUUGAACCAAACCCUUUAAUAUCACCUUGCAAGUGUAGUGGAUCGAUGAAAUGUAUUCACAUUGAGUGUUUGAGAGAAUGGCUUAAUAGCAAAAGCUCUUUUAAAGAAAAUCCUUCAGUAAAAACCUAUUGUUGGAAAGCCCUAGAAUGCGAGUUAUGCAAAAUGAGAUUCCCUGAUAGGAUAACAUCAAGCGGUAGCAGUAUUGAAUUAAUUUCAUAUGAGAAGCCAGACACAGAAUACAUAGUUCUUGAGAGUGUAACCUAGCAAAACAUUAAAAUCAUCCACGUAAUUGACAUGGAUAGUCGAGAAUAGAUCAAAGUUGGAAGAGGGCAUGAUAGUUAAGUUCGAAUUACUGAUAUCUCUGUUUCAAGAUGCCAUGCUAUGAUCAAGAAGAGUACUAGAGGAGAAUACUUAGUAGAAGAUAACAAUUCAAAGUUCGGUACUUUAGUUCUAGUUAGGAAACCCUAUAUGCUGCAAAAAUUGUAAACUAACUAUCUGUAGCUCGGAAGAACUCUUAUUGAGCUUACUAUGAGAGAUCCUAGAAAAGGCUGCUCAGUAAGAGGUAUAUGUUAGAAGAAAAGUUCGAAAGCAUAAAAGGGUGCUGGAUUAACUUUUGACGGAGAAGAUUUUUUCCCUGAUGAGUUCUUAUAAAAACAACAUGAAUUUACCAGAGAAGAAGAUAAUGUGCAUAGGAAUUCUAGCAAGUUAAAGCCACACUUGAGAAAUCCGAAUGGAAGAGGUCCCUUCGAAGAUACUAAUAGAAGAAGUUAAGCUCUAGAAAAUAUGACUGAGUAAUUGCCUGGAAAUCUAAACAUUGAUGAUGACUAUGGAGAAGAUGAGGGUGUCCUAUCUCCUGAUGAUUUAAGAGAUAAUGAUAAUAUGAAUGAAAGGGAAAGACUUUAGAUUAUGAAUGAAUUAUAACAAAGGAUAGGAGCCAAUGUAUUUGAUAAUGAUUUAGAUAAUAAUGACCUCGAUAACUCUCAGACUUUCCUCAAUAAUAGAAAUCAAUUGCCAAGUAACAUAGCCAAUUAGGAUUAAAAUAAUUUCUACUUGACUUAAAACAUUAACAAUCCAAAUAUUGAUGUGGGAUUCGACUCUAGUAUUGAGGAAAUUAAGGAGAUAUCAGAAAAUUCAAAUGCUAGGGACAAAUCAGGAAAAAGUGGAUAGUCUGGGACGUUGAUAGUAUCUCAAAACUAGUCACAAUAAAUGCGAUCAAGUACCUCCAACAAUAAUAAUGUAAAUAGACAAGAUUCCAAUAGAAGUAAUGCAUCGGGUGCAACUAUAAAUCACCAAAGAUAGCACAAUCUAGUUUAGGAAACAGCAUCUAUUCCAGUAGUAUAGUUCUAUUAGAACACUCCUGCUAUGAAUAACAAAGUCAAUGUUAUGAGUAGAAAUGAUCUCCUCAUGAUGGCUGCUAGUGGGCAAGAGACAGUUAAUAAUCAUUACAAUGCAGAUAUAUCUGGAACUCAUCAUAUUGUAGAUCUGAGUGAUGCAGAUCUCUCAUCCUAGUAAAUUAUGUUCGAUAAUUCGAUCUAUAUACCUUAAAACGACAAAGCUACACUAAUGAUUCACUCCUAAAACCAUUCUAUGAAUGCCAAUCAAAGCAUUGUAAAGAGCAAAAUACAAUCAUCUUAAAAUGUGAAUAUGGUUAUUGAAGGACAGAUACUUGCAACAAACUUGACUAGUCUUCAGUAGCCAGAUCUAGAUACACUACAUGAUGAUUAGAGGAGAAGAAGUGCAUCUCAGGCUUUGAAAGACUUAUAUAUAGAUGCGAAGUUUGGAUCGCAAAAUGAUGAGUCAAGUGUUAUGCAAUAUAUGCAAAUCAACAAUAUGAAAUACAUUAAAAUAGGAGAGAAUGAAAGCACCGAGGAAAGAAAACUCAAUAGUAAGAUGUUAGAGUAAAAUGUUAAGCAACUACAUAUCACUGGAGGAUAAUCUGAUAGAUAAGUACUAAUAAUUGAUAAUAGUAACUUUGAUGAUUAAAACAGUUCUGACAUUAGCAAGCCAGAUGAUAAGAACAUAUUCAACAAUAAUGUGCUGAUAGUAGAUAAUAAUCCCUAACUUCACUGA